GAACCUAUCUACCCUGUUUAAUAGCUCGGAUUGAUCCACUUAUAUAAAACUCAAAUCUGAUUUACUUAUAAUAUCAUACUCCAAAACGAGGAUAAACAAACCGUCCAUUUGGUUCAAGAUUACUUCAAUCUUCAUUGUAUAAUUCAUGCCGGAGACCGCAAUAAAUUUUUUGUUUUCUCUCUGUUUGGGCAAACAGUCAAUUGCAUUAGGCAUAAACUGAUGAGAGUAUUAGCUGCUGACAAGAGCGAUCGAUCAGAAUCUGCAAACGUUAGACGAUAUAGAGCCUCAGAGUCACCUGCCUGGCCAGGGAUCUUUUCUGAAAGAAGAGAAAAUAAUGGGGGCAGAGGAGCAGAAGGAGCCCGCUACCAACAAUUCGACGGCCAUACCCAACCCCAUGGCCCAGGCUCAAUUUCUCUCUUGGAAACGCCAGAAGGAUGCUGAUGCAUCUGCUAGAAAAGCUGAAGUAGCUAGGAAACGCGCAGAGGAUUUAGCUGCUGGAAUAGUGCAAAUGAAUGGGCGGGAGCUUUUCUUGCAUGAACCUUGGGUGUUUGAUAAUACACAUUAUUGAGGCUUUCAUGGGGACUAGAAGAAGCAGAAAUCAAAACGGAGGAACUGAAUUUACACUGAAAAAAAUCAUCUCUACUAUGGAGUAAUUCAUGCAUCAACGACUGGGACCAAAAAAAAGUUUAACAAAGUGAAGAUUGUAAAGAUGCUGCCUUUUGUUUUUUGGGUAGUUUUUAUGGACUUGGAAAGAAUGUGAUUCUUAAGAAAGAAUAGGGAAGUGUAAUACAUGGAUGAACAGAGAAGAGAGGAGGUAGAAGAAUGAGAGGAAGAAGUACAAGAAGAGAUCUAGAACAAAUGAGAGAAAAGGACAGCAGAGAGUGUUUUUCACAACUAUCUAAAUACUGUAGCAUUUUCAUUUGAUCGGAGCUUUUGGAAACCCUAAACCGUUCAGUGGAUCCUUGUAAUUGUACUAUAUAGAAGCAUCGAGUGUUUUUAGAACAAAUGAGAGAAAAGGAGAGCAGGGAGUGUUUUAGUUCAAUUCACAACUUUCUAAAUAUUGUAGCAUUUUCAUUUGACCGGAGCUUUCGCAAAUCCUAAAUUGUUCGGUGGAGAGUGUUUUUCGAUUUUAAUAUUAUUUUAAUAAAAAAUUAUGUAAAAAUAGUUCGGACUGAA